AUCAACCUUUCGUUUUUUGCUGCUAUAUUCAUGCAGAGACAUUUCCACUUACACAACCGCCUAUAGUUUGUUCCUCUAUCUGUAAUAUCUUUAUGUUUCCACCUCCCUUUUUAUCUACUUAUGUGUAUGUAUGCACACUUUAUAUGUAUAUAACACUUUACCUCAUUCUAUAGACCUCUUAUUGUUCUUUUGACACCGCAUCAAAAUUGUCAUAGCAACGAAUCGAACCUGUCCUUUUCCAAACAACCAACCAAGCACGAAACUUCAACAAAAUCUUUUAAUUUUUCUCUUUGUCUCUCUUAUUCAUUUUUUCUUUCUUUCUUUUUCGUGCUUUAAUUAGUAUAUUUAUUCGGUACUUUUCUAUUAAGUAAACAAAGUGUCCGAUGAUGAGCAGUGAAUUGUUGUCAUUGAACGCAACCGCUAAUCGCAUGACACAGCUGACAAGGGAAAAGGAGGAGAAACGUGCCCAAGAGCGACGUAGAAAUCUUCUAUACCUCGUAGCCGCAUUUUUAGGAGAACAAGGAUACACCAAUUCCGUUGAUGUUCUUUCGAAAGAAGCCCAAUUGUCCCGUGAUAUUCAAAUUUGCGAUAAUGUCGAUCUGGAAAUCAUUUUAAUGGAAUAUUCAAAUUACCAUUAUGCGAGAUUCAAUAAGUAUCCAAAAUUAUGUAAAAAAAUUGAGUCAACUGGUAACACCAAUUAUCUUCACAACACGGUUAAUAAAAGAGACAGAGGAGAUGGUAGUGGAAAGGUUUAUUCCAAAUCCGAAGAUGAAAGUGGAGCAUGGAAGAAUAAAGUUCCAUCGUCGAAGUCAACAACAACAAAUGGAUUAACCAUUGAGGAAUCAAAUUUCGGCAUCACUGUAAUGCCUAUUUUUCCACGUUCGGAAAACGUCCAUUCAAAAUCGAUUGCCCCUGACUUUAUUUCCGAUAAUGAAAGAACAUUAAAGCCUAUCGGAGAUCUAUAUCCGUCUGGUUCGGAAUGGAGAGAAAUCGCUGAAGUUAUUUCUAAAGAAAUAGUAUUGAGAAAUUUAAACGUUCAUUGGGAGGAUAUCAAAGGUUUAAAUAAAUGCAAAAUGUUAUUAAAAGAAGCAACUGUCUACCCAAUCAAAUAUCCUGCUUUAUUUGGUGAAAAACUUGGUUCCUGGAAAGGUGUGUUAUUGUAUGGUCCACCAGGCACAGGUAAAACUAUGCUUGCUAAAGCAGUGGCAACUGAAUGUCGUGCUACCUUCUUUAAUAUUACGUCGAGCUCUUUAAUUAGUAAAUGGAGAGGUGAUUCAGAAAAAUACGUUAGAGUCCUUACCGAUCUCGCAAGAUUUUAUGCUCCAACAAUAAUAUUUAUCGAUGAAAUUGAUUGGACGACCACGAACAAUACCGGUGAUUAUUCUUCGAUGAACUCUGAACCUGCUAGACGAUUUAGGGCAGAACUUCUUGCAAGAUUAGAUGGAUUAUUAUCUACGGAGAAUGUGAAUGUUACUCUUUUAGCUGCUACGAAUGUACCGUGGAAUUUAGAUGCUGCUUUGUUAAGACGAUUAGAGAAACGUAUUUUUGUCGAUCUGCCGGACUACGAGAGUCGCUUAGAAAUUUUACAAUCGUACGUAGAAAGCAAACUACAUGUAACGGAGGAGUUCAUAUCACUUUUAAAAUAUACAGAGGGUUAUUCAUGCGCCGACCUAAAAUUACUUUGCAAAGAAGCAUGGAUGAAUCAAUUGCGACCCAUUCUUCAAUCUCUUGAAGAGAAGAAAAUUAUACCGGAAGAUGUACAAAGCAACGGUCUAAUAAUCAACGUAACGCAUCUCGUAGAUGCAAUGGUAUUCGUAAAACCCAUUGUAAAAAACAUGAAACCGCGAUAUAUACAAUGGAAUACAAAUUUCGGCUUUUCUACUUGCGAAAUUUGACAUUUACAAUUUAGAUUAUUGUCCUUAGCGUGUUUCAAACCGUGGUAGUAUCCUAUCAAAGAAAUUUUCUAUACUUAAUUUUAUAAGA